UCACUCUCUCCUCACCUCCCAUUUUCAAUCCCUUAUUCUUCUUCCUUUCCUUUCCAUUCCUCUCUCUCUCUCUCUCUCUCUCUCUCUCUCUGGUUUGGCACAAAAUAGAAUAGAUUUGGUGUCAGAGAGAAGUCAGAAAAACUCAAGUUUCCUUUUGUCCCUCUGAGCAAGGAGGACCCUUUGUGUCAGAAAAAAAAACUCUUGGUCUCGACCAGUUUUUUUCUUCUUUCAUUCAAUCCAAGAAGCCAAGCCCUAGCUUAUAUAUAUAGCCGUAUCUAUAUAUACACAGGUAGUUUCAGUUUGCUUCCAACUCUCUCCAAAACCCUAAAUUUUGCUUCUCUCUCUCGUUCUUAACACACACACACACACGCACACUCUUCUUUUGGUCUCCAUGGCUCCUCAGGGCUUGUCAAUGAAGCCUGGUUCCAUCAGAUCCAGGUUUGCUUAUGGGUUUCUGAGAGCACUAAAGAGACUUAGCAAGCGAAGAAGGCCCAUUUCAUCAUCGUCCCCAAAAAGGAUUUUUCAUGGCUACCGUAUCGUGAAGAUGGCAGCCGAUGCAUCAAUGGCUUCUGCAGUGGGGUCGAGGAGAGCAUGGAGCCGGGCAAUGCUCAGAAAACUUCGAUGCGGGAGGAGAAGACGCUUCGUGAUGAGGAGAAGAAGAGAAGUAGUGGUAAAUAAAGUUGGAUCAAAAGAGUUGGGUUUUGGCCAAACUGAUGAGCUUCGCAAUCUGGUCCCCGGCGGUGAAACCAUGGAUUUCUGCAGCUUGUUGGAUGAAACUGCACAUUACAUAAAAUGUCUCACCACCCAGGUACAGGUCAUGAGAAGUAUUGUCUAUUUCUGCUCCUGAAUCUAUGUUACAUAAAUAGAAACAAUGCAAAUAAAUCCAGUCCAGAGAGAGAGAGAGGAAUUAUGAUUUUCGAUGAUGAUAAAGCUGCGGUUGAAAAGUUGGAGUUCUGGCAAAAAGGGAGAGGUUGAAGAAGGUGGGUCUUGAAGUAGCAUGUAGACAGAAUAUUGGACUUUAUGUGUGGGUGUGUGUUGCAAGAAACUGAUGAUGGGUUACAUUCCCUGUGAAUUAACACAUCUUGUUCUAGAUUAAUAUUUAUGUGUGUGUAUAUAUAUAUACAUAUGUGUACUGUUAGUUAUAUCAGAGUUCUCUUGAUCCUUUUUCCCCCUUUAAUUUGUUUCACAAAUAUGAAGAGACCUCAUCUUCCAAUAUUAAAGAA